AUGAAGGAAGAAGCACUUGAAUGUGUUCGAUGGCUACGGUAUGCAGGUUUCCCACAAUAUGCACGUCUUUAUGAAGAACAUCGAUUUCCAAUAGAUAUACGUUCUGUUCAACGUGAUCAUGAAUUUUUGGACGACGACUCAUUACGAGCGUUAUUUCGGCGUUUGAAUGCUCUAAAUCGCUGUGCUAUAAUGAAAGUUGAAAAUGUUGUGCUCAGAAAACAUCCAGAACGCUUUUAUACAGGACCUUUGGAAACUGAUAUUGAUGAAGACAUAAGAAUCAGUAAUUAUGAUGAUGACGAUGAUCAGGUUGCUAUAUCAAAUAAAUGGAGGUAUCAACGUAACUCACAAACGUGGUCAAGAAUUGUGCAUGACGAUGAUAUGACGAAUGUAUUCAGUGCAAAAAAUCAUUGGUCACCACAUAAGAAAGAUGUUUCUAGUGCUGAGACUAAUAAAGUCUUUCAAAUAACGUCAAGUAACGGACGUGAUUCUAGAAAGCAAGAAGACAGCAACAUUUCAUAUUUUAGGGCUAACGUGUGCAAAGAUAAAAUUAAACAGCCUCCAGUUAUUUCUAAAAAUGCUCGAAAUCGUGCCGAGACGAAUACACCUACCACAGCUGUAAAUUUGCAACGUUCGCAAAGUGAGCGAUUAAAGGAACGUGCGCGGGCAUUGAUGAAACGCAUGGAUAUACGAUCCUCUAGCAGACGUCGUCGUCAACGGGACGCUUCAGCAACCGGUCUGACUGCAUCUUCAUCGUCAUCAUCAAGCGGAAUUCCACGUGCAUCGUUAUCUACAGCAGCUACAUCAUCUUCAUCAUUAUCGAAAAUCUCGAAUAUAUCUCGAGAUUUAGUAAUUGGUGAACCCGUACUUGUUUCUCAUUUCUCCGCUAGUCCACGCACAAUGCGCAUGUUUCCUCCUGAUGACUUGUCUAGCAUACUUUCUUCACAAGCAGUUACUUCACAAAUGUUAGAUCAGUUUCGGCAAGAUGCAACCACAACUCAACAUACUUCUGAUGGCGUAACUUUUGCUGUCCUGCAACCGAGUGUUCGGCGUCAACAACAAGAGCAAAUGAUAUCACAGUACAAUAAUACGUCAUCAUCUUCUGCUUCUCAUACGCGAACACGUUUUUUGGGAGCUAGUAAUAGGCGUAUGGGUAUGAUUCUUGAUUCUUCACCAUCGUCUGCUGCAGCUCUCAAUAAUGAUUCACGCCGUAAACUAUUACGUCGCGGUAAACCACGUGAUUUGUCCUGUGACUCAGCGUCAAUGCGCGGUUUACCACGUUAUGAUCGAGAUACGCGAAUUUAUGAUCGCGUUGCUCAAGAUGAUUUAUACUCAGAUAAUAGAAAAUACGUUGGUGAUUCAAGACGUGAUAUAAUACCCGCAGAAUUCUAUGAUAGACAUUCUUUAGUUAAUGUUCGCAACGAGAGGUCAUCUUCAUCGCAACAAGGCUAUCCAAAUAAUACAAACUUUUCACCUUUACUAAGAAGUGGUGUACAAUUUACCGGUAGUGGCCUUUCUGACAGUUCAUUAAACUAUGAUGAACUGAGAAGUUCAACGAGGCAAACUGUGGAUCGAGAUCGAAAUCUGCCAUCCGAGCAAUCUUAUGGACGUUCAAGAUUAGUAGUAAAUGCUGAUGGUUAUUAUGAACAUAUUCCUUCGGAUGGAACGAAUGUAACUAGCACAACUGCUUAUCACCGAGCCUUAUCACCAGCUUCAUCUUCAUCAAAUGCAAGCAUUUCGAAUCACGGAACUCGUUUCAAAGUUGAAAUCGAUAAUCGAACUCGAAAAAAACUUGGUUGUGGUGCUACUAUUGAUUCGCCACCUUAUUCAACAGUAAUGGCUAUUUCUGGACAGAGAUCUCAUUCUAGUCUGGAAAGUAGCGGAAAUGACGAUGACCUCAGUGGAAGUCAAGCACAUCGAUCAGGUGCUGGAGGACGAAGAGAUUCUGGUGUUGGUUCCAGUCUUUCUCGAUCACCAAGCGGUCCGACAACACAACGACAGCGUAAUUCAGUACUUCCUGCGUCAAAUGCUACGGCAUUAAACGUUCGAGAAAUGAAAACAAAGCACUUAUUGCUAAACUCGUUGAGUAAUUUUCGUGUUGAUCAAAGUGAAACAUUUAUCAGUGAUAGCGAUUUACCUCAAUGUAUGGAUGCCUUGAGUGUCGCUGAAAUGCAGCAAAUAAGAAAGUUAGCAUUUCUGAAGUUAUCAGUAAUGAUUGAAACUUAUGCUGGAAACGGUAUUAGAAUUGGUGUGGUAACUAAUAACAAUUCUGCAAGAGUUAGCAAAAGUUGGGCUGUACAUAAGCUAAUUCGUAGAAUGUGUAAUAACGAUACCAUUAAUGGCAACAGCAAGCCAAUCAGAUCUGGAAUUUCAACUUUCGGUCUUCAUUUAGCAAUUGUUCAGAGUCGUUCAGGUUAUGCACUUCCACGUUGUGUGCUGGAAAUGAUGCAUUUUUUACGCAUUGCAGCUCCAGAUACUAUUGGAAUAUUUAGAAAAAGUGGCGUACGAUCAAGAAUUAGCGAAUUAAGAAUGAUGUGUGACGUGGCUCCAGAAGUAGAAGUCUUCACAGAUAGUAAAAGUCUUGACCCUUCGCAGGUGCACGAUGUGGCUGACCUUUUGAAGCAGUACUUCAGGGAACUUCCUGAACCACUUAUGACUGCUACCUAUUCUGAAGCUUUUGCAAAAAUUUUCAUGCAUAUUCCCAUAGAAUUGCGUAUGGAAGCGUUACAACAUGCAGUCUUGUUACUACCGGACGAGCAUCGAGAAGCGUUACAAACGUUACUUUACUUUCUUCAUGACAUCGCGAAACAUUCUGCUACAAACAGUAUGACAGCACAAAAUCUUGCUGUGUGUUUCGCACCUUCACUGUUUCAGUUGUGUGGCUCACGUCUAAGUAGUGUUAGCCCUACAAGACGUCACAAGACGAUUGGAUCAGCAGGCUUACCGACUGAACGAGAGAUCAAAGAGUCACGGGCAGCUCAAGAAUGUUUAGUACAGAUGAUUGAAUACUGUACUAAAAUAUUCAUUGUUCCUCACAGUCCUGGGUUUGAGCGAGAUAAGAGUACUGAUUACUAUAAAGGUGUUGAACCAGAUGCACCUUUUCUUACAGAAUUGGGCUUAUCUCAAGAUGGCAAUUACAAGACUUAUCUAAUACAGAAAGCAAGAGAAUUGUUAAAAGAACAUCGUGAUCGAUGGAAAGGUUGGAUUGUUGAAGGUACAAUGAAUGGAGUUGAAAUUUCUACCAAGAAACCUAACGAUGGUCAUCCUUUACGAUUCUUCCGUGUUUGGGUAGAUAUCGAGGCGCCACCAAAAGAGAUUCUUUCAAGAAUUAUUCGAGAAAGGAAUGUUUGGGAUUUACAAAUUAUAAAUUGGAGAACUAUUGCGCCACUAAAUGCUGAGAAUUGUGAUGUCUUCCAAUAUGUUAUCAAUGAUACUCCAUCGCAUCCUACACGUGAUGCGAUUGUUGUUAGAUUGUGGCGAUCAGAUAUGAAAGAAUUACGUGGCGGAUGUGUAUUAGUGGAGCGUUCAGUACAUUCCAGUGAGACGCAAUUGCUAGGUGGUAUACCAGUAGCGGUAUUUUCAUCUCAGUUUCUCGUUGAACCCAUAGCGGGUCGCUCUCGGGUGACUCAUAUUACGAGAACUGACCUCAGGGGUAGAAGUAACGUUUGGUAUGGUAAAGUAUACGGACAACUUGUUGCUCGUCAACUACUAAGAUUACGUGAUUCAUUCAAGCAGUUCACAAAUGUAGUUGAUGAUGGUCCAGAAACUAAAGUAUAA